CGCAUGCGCACGCAUUAAGGUACAAAAUGUGCAAUAUGCAUAUGUGACAUGUGAAAGUGUGCCACGAAAAGUCGAAAUUUAUAUUCACAAUUUGACCAUAUAGAAACCGGUAGUGGUACACCGUUGAUGCAAUGUCGAGUUUCGUGUCAGGCAAGGGGGCUAGUGAGAGUGGUUCUUCCACCAGUCCAUCAUUGAGCUUUCAGGUGGUCAUUAGUGGGAUUAAGAAGAUGUAUCCCGCAGUGAGGAAUAUUUCCACAGCCGAGGUGGAGGAACUCUUGAGAUCCGAAGAGGCUAAGUCAGGACUUGUAGUCGUGGAUGCAAGACCUGAAGCAGAAUACAAUGUUAGUCACAUCCCUUCAGCUGUGAGGAUUGAUCCAGGAAACCAGAACAUGAAUGAUGUCAAGAAGAUCAUUCAAGAUCAACUCAUCAAAGAUGAUCCAGCUACAUGUACUCUUGAUAGCAAACCCAUCCAAGUUGUCAUGUACUGUUCUGUUGGCUAUCGAUCAUCAGCAUUGGCAAACAGACUGAGGCAAGCACUCAAAGCUGAGAAGGACAAGACAGAUACUGCUACAAAUCAUCAAAUUUCACAGCCAGCGGAACCCUGUAAAGAGAAAUGUCCAAGGAUCAGAGUCUUCAAUAUGGAGGGCUGUCUAUUCAAGUGGGCCAAUGAGGGCCGUCAGAUGGUGGAUGGGCGGGGCAACAUAACAGAGUUCGUUCACCCCUACAGUAUCAUGUGGGGUCAGCUGAUCAGUAAGGAUAUUAGGAGGUGGGAGGGGCCUCGUAUGUAAAUUGAGGUCAGUGUAUUGUCAUUGAAUGGAUUUUAAGUGGAUGUGGCCUGACAUGUGAACUCAGGUCAGAGUGUUUACUGGAAUUUUGCAAUUUUGUGUAUGAUUAUUUUCAAACAACCUAAAAAUGCUGCAUAAGAUUUUAAGAAUGUAAGACAUUUAUUGAUAAUGCCUUCAUGAAUGCACCACAAUCUCUUCUUUGAUUUUGAACCAAUUUAGGUGUCAAAAUUAAGGAGAAAAGCCUACAGCUCUAUAUGAUGAUGGCAAUGAGAUAUUGUUAUUAGGAUAGCUGUCAAUUGCAAUUUAACUUCAGCUACAUAACAAUAUUAACUAUACUGGGGGGAAAAAAUUACAGAAUCCCAGUUUUAUUUUAUUUUUUAUGGGACGCUACAUGUAUUUAUGGUCAAAUUUGGAUAAUGUCAUUUUUAUUAUCUGAAAAAAUGUAGAGCAUAUAUGUUGAAGCUUGCAAAAUGUAAUAUGAUAUUCAGAACUGAAAUAGAAGUGUUGAGGAUUACUCCGGAAUAAUGUUAUCAAAAUGCUUGCAUGCGCUAUUGCAGGGUUGCACUAAACCUUUAUAUGAAAGGUACAGGUUUUGCAAAAGAAUAACCAAAUCAAGUUUCAGAGUGUAACCAUUGAUAUCGUGCAGUCAGUCCGCAUUGUAUACAUAAUUUCACUUUAUUAAAGCAUACAUCAACAUCUGCAUAUUGGUAGAGCACUCAUCAUACAGAAAACUUUGAGAUGGGGAUUAGGGCCUCGAAAGAAUGUUGGAAGCAUCCGGGAAUAGUUAAUCAGGGAUAGAUACAGCUAACACAGCUUAUUCUGGAUUUCUACCUCUGAACAUUGAUAUGACUGAACUGUCAAAGGUCAUGAGAGGAUCGGGUCAACUCUCUACCAACUGUAGAGGAGGAGCAACGGGAACGGCAGCCGAGCCGCCUAGUUGGUGUGUCUUUUGCAAGAAUAAUGUGGAAAGCAAGAUGGUCUACACCAGCCACAAGUUGAAGUCCGAAGAUGGCAUCACUAUGUUUCCGAUCCUUCGAGCAUACACCUGUCCACUCUAUUUUUUUUGUAUACAAAGAUUAAACAUAAGCU